AUAGCAUCAUCAAUCUCGAGCACAAACCCUCGAGAUUCUGACCUUUUUCUAAUAAUUACCAUACCACAAAGCAAAUGAAAGAUGGAAUUUGAGUCCUUGUUUUUACCAUAGCCAAGCUCAGAGAAUGUUUGAUUCCCACAAGUAAUAGUGGAAACUUUAGCAAACCGAAGCAAUCUCUCCCCUGACAGAAAAUCCCCCAGACCCACCAGUUUAUAGUCUGGGAAUGGAAUAGAAAAUUCUAAAGCAUGCUGUAUUUGAAAUGUGAAUGCAUAAUGGAAGGAAUUUUCUUUUUCAAUCAUCUUUGAUAUUAUCUAGAUUUGGCUAAUGAGGGCUAGCUUUUAUAUAUUUCUUUUUCCUUUGCUUUUGCUGAACCAGUGGCACGCAUGUUACUUCUGUUUUUAGUGCUUUAGUACCAAAAACCUCUGCUUUUCUAGGCUCUUGGGUCUGACAUAGAGGUGGGGGAGCGUAUGUCCGUAUGUUUGCGUGAAUCCUUGUGAGGAAAGUAUGAGAACUUCUUCUGCCUCGUGAUGUAUACAUUGCAUAUAACAAAACAAACCCACUUCAGAAUUAGUUGUCUAGAAUUGACCCUUUCUUACAAAUCCUAACCAGCUCCUAAGCUGAUUUUGGUUUCUAGUCACCUUGUUUUCUGAAGCCGGAACAGAAAUGGAGUUCAGGAAAGAACAGCUUGUUUUGUGCUGUUUGGUCUUGUUCUGUAUGUGGGUUUCUGCAUAUGGGUUGCUCUCUUCCAAAGGUGUCAACUAUGAAGUGCAAGCUUUAAUGGACAUCAGAGGUUCCUUGGUUGAUCCUUAUGGAGUUCUUAACAAUUGGGAUGAGCAUGCUGUUGAUCCAUGUAGCUGGACUAUGGUGACUUGUUCUCUUGAAAAUCUAGUUGUUGCCCUAGCGGCUCCAAGCCAGUACUUAUCUGGUACCCUUUCACGUAGUAUUGGGAACUUGACAAAUCUCCAGCUCGUGCUCCUACAAAACAAUAAUAUAUCAGGAAAUAUACCUUCAGAGAUAGGGAGACUGCCUAUGCUGCAAACUCUUGAUCUUUCUAAUAACCAUUUCUGUGGUCAAAUUCCUGGCACCCUGUCCCAUAUAAGCAGUUUGCAAUACCUGAGACUGAAUAAUAACAGUCUAUCAGGACCUAUUCCUUCCUCGUUGGCAAACAUGACCCAGCUUACUUUUCUGGAUUUGUCCUUCAACAAUUUGAGUGGUCCUGUACCAGGGUUGCUUGCCAAGACAUUCAACAUUGUGGGAAAUCCUUUGAUUUGUGCUACUGGAACUGAGAAAGACUGCUUUCGAACAAGAUCGAUGCCAAUGUCCUUUUCCUUGAAUAAUUCACAAAGCUCUCUGCCUUCAGGAACACCAAAGAGCCACAAACUUGCUUUGGCUUUUGGUUCAACCCUAGGCUGCAUCUGCCUGCUUCUUCUUGGGUUUGGUUUUCUUCUCUGGUGGAGGCAAAGACAUAACCAGCAAAUAUUCUUUGAUGUUGUCAAUGAGAGGCAUAAAGAAGAAAUAUGCCUUGGAAACUUGAGGAGGUUUCACUUUAAAGAACUCCAGGUAGCUACAAACAACUUCAACAGCAAGAAUUUGAUUGGAAAGGGAGGUUUCGGCAAUGUGUAUAAAGGUUAUCUCCAUGAUGGAACAUUAGUAGCAGUAAAAAGGCUGAAAGAUGGAAAUGCCGUUGGAGGUGAAAUCCAGUUUCAGACUGAAGUUGAGAUGAUAAGCCUUGCAGUUCACAGGAAUCUCCUGAGGCUCUAUGGAUUCUGUAUGACAGCAACAGAGAGACUCCUGGUUUACCCCUACAUGUCCAAUGGAAGUGUUGCUUCUCGCCUUAAGACCAAACCAGCCUUGGAUUGGAGCACAAGGAAGAGAAUUGCAUUAGGAGCUGCUAGGGGUUUGUUAUACCUGCAUGAGCAGUGUGAUCCAAAGAUCAUUCAUAGGGAUGUCAAGGCUGCAAAUAUAUUGCUUGAUGAUUAUUGUGAGGCUUUUGUUGGAGAUUUUGGAUUGGCAAAGCUACUGGAUCAUCAUGACUCGCAUGUGACAACAGCAGUGAGGGGCACAGUAGGGCAUAUAGCACCAGAAUACCUCUCAACUGGGCAGUCCUCUGAGAAAACAGAUGUUUUUGGGUUUGGUAUUCUUCUACUUGAACUGAUAUCUGGCCUAAGAGCUCUAGAGUUUGGGAAAACAGCAAACCAGAAAGGCGCCAUGCUUGACUGGGUAAGGAAAAUUCACCAAGAAAAGAAACUUGAGUUGCUAGUGGACAAAGACCUGAAGAACAACUAUGAUAGAAUUGAGCUUGAAGAAAUGGUUCAGGUGGCUCUCUUAUGCACUCAAUACCUUCCAAUUCACAGGCCAAAGAUGUCUGAAGUGGUUCGGAUGCUCGAAGGUGAUGGACUUGCUGAGAAAUGGGAAGCUUCACAGAGAGCUGAAGCAACCAGGUCCAAAGCCAAUGAGUUCUCCUCUUCAGAACGAUACUCUGAUCUUACUGAUGAUUCUUCCUUGCUUGCUCAAGCUGUGGAGCUUUCUGGACCCAGAUGACAACCAAGUCUGUAAAUGGUUAGAAAUAGCCUACAAGGGAAAGGCUAAAAGCUUAAAGUAUUUUGAUAAAAGAAAUGUGCUGAAACCAGUGUUCCUUUCCCGGGCGUUUUUUUUUUUCUUUUUGUAUAAAGUCAUUAUAUGAAACUGGAACUCUAAUUCUGUAACAAACUUGUGAUUGUGUAAAUUUCGAUUCCAAGAAGUUGAAUUCAGGUUUGAGUGUUUCAUUCUGUUUGUGGUGAGUGAAAGAUUUUUCAGGAGAUUGUUUAUUGUGAACCAGUGGCAAUAAAAGAAAUGUUUCUCAAAAUGAAUUUUGCUUGUAACC